AGCCAUGGCGGCCGCCGGCCUGCCCGAUGGCGAUGUCCACAAUUAUCAAAUUAAAACGCGCUCCAUAGAAAAAACUCUACUCCCACUCAUCAAGCAGAUUAGCAGCCUGGUGGCGACUCGGGGCGAAGCGGCGGCGGGCGGCGCGGCGGUGCAGCGUGUAGGCGCCGCCGUGUGCUGUGCCGUGGAGCGCUUCGUGGCCGUCGGAGAGACCAUCGCGGAUGACAAUCCAGAUGUACGACACAGCAUGGUGCUAGCGUGCAAGGAAGCUCGGGCUGCAGGUCGUGCAAUAGAGCGUGUGUGCGCAGGUGCUGAUGGCGCAGGCAUGGUGUCGGCGGCGCGCGCUUUGCUCGCUUCCGUCACAAGAGUGCUUUUACUAGCCGACAUGGUCGUCGUACGGCAACUUCUCCUCGCUAAGGAUAAGGUGGCGCGAUCGUUAGAUCGUUUAGAAUCCGUAUCUAACUUUGCGGAGUUCGUGCGCGCUUUUACGGAAUUCGGUGGUGGGAUGGUGGAACUGGCUAGACUAACAGCAGAAAGGAGAGCAGACCUUCGAGAUGAAAGAAGAAAAGCACAAGUGGCCGCUGCGAGAAAUGUCCUUGAACGGUCAACUCUCAUGCUUCUCACCUCGUCUAAGACUUGCUUGCGGCAUCCGGGCAGUGCAUCCGCGCGGGAAAACCGCGACACUGUCUUCUGUCAGAUGAGGCGAGCGAUGGACCUCAUUCAUUACGUAGUGCGAGACGGGCUGCCGGGUCACGAGGAACCUUCCCAUGAGUUGCAACCUUUCUCGGAUAGUCACGAGCAGGUACAUAACUUAAAUGCUGCGCAAUGGGAGGCGGGUACGGCGUUAGGUGCGCUACGCGGCUUGUCAACGCAAGUACGAACGGCAAGAGCCCGGGGCGGCGCAGACGCAGGAAGGAGGAGAGCGCUCGCAGCUACACUUAGAGCUCUCGUCGAACGGACGCACGACUUCACUGACUCUGCGUAUACCUCACACGAGCACAGGCAAAGGAUACUCGCUCUCGCCGAAAGAAUAGCCUAUGAGCUCGAAAGACUUGUUGCUGUUGCUGUGUCAUUAGAAGAACAAGGUGGUAGUGGAGCUGCCCUAGAGAGCGCGUGUACGGGAGCUACGAGUGCAGCUUCCGAACUCGAGCGUGCCCUGGUGUCUGCUGCAAGAGAACAGGCCCGAGACUUGUCAUCGUUGGCGGACGACGCGAGGAAACUUGCUUCCGACCUUGCACAUAUAGCUAGUUCCUGUGGUGAGAGAGAAUCAGAGAGACUGCACAAUAUAGCGAGCCAGUUGCACGAGCAAUUAGAUCACAUAAUUGAGGUUUGCAAAUUACUCAGACAUAUAGCAAUGUCGGAAACCUUACAAGUGAGCGCAAAGUUUGCCGAAAUAAAUUUGCGGAUAUAUGGGCCACAAGUAGUGACGGCGGCGCGGACGUUGGCGGCGCACCCGAGCAGUGCGGCGGCGCGCGAGAACCUUGAUGUGUUUGUAGACAUGUGGGCGUGGCUGCUCGCUGACGCAGCGCGCCUCGCGAAGGAGCUACUCGACUUGACAGACGAAAGGCCUGAUAAACAACAAUAUAGUAGCCUGCCGAGGCCUGGCAAACAUGGAACUACCAGUAAACCUUUAAAAGCCGUGCGAUUAGAUUCCGACGAACAAGCGAAGAUUGCCAAAUCAGGCUUAGAAAUGAAAAUGAUGUCAUCUGAGAUGGACGCCGAGACGGAAAAAUGGCAAGGUGCUGACGAAAACAACGAUAUUGUGAAGAGGGCAAAGAAUAUGUCUUCCAUGGCCUUCGCUAUGUACCAGUUCACUAAAGGUGAAGGUCGCCUCAACACUACACAAGACCUCUUCACACAAGCUGAAUACUUUGCGGAAGAAGCUAAUAGAUUGUACAAAAUCAUUCGUCAAUUUUCCUAUCAGGUACCCGCUGGGACGAUAAAAAAAGAGCUGCUAGAACAUUUAGAUAAAGUCCCAACAUACGUACAGCAACUUCAAUUUACGGUGAAAGAGCCAACGGUAGGCAGAGCUGCUACGUUUAGCAAAGUCGACAAUGUGAUCCAAGAGACCAAGCACCUUAUGAACGUUAUAAGCAAAGUCGUCACUACGUGCUUCGACUGUGCGAAUAAGGUACCUUUGCCGUGGGAGAAGAGUGUGGGAGUGAUUAAAAGGCACCAGAGUGUUGCACCCGGUCUUAUACCGUUGGACAAAGCGAUAAACAAAACCUCAACAAAUACAGGGGGCGAUUCGUACAAACUGGACUUCACGGGCCUCUCGGCCGCCGGCGCCGGCCGAGGAAGUUCCCGAGACGAGGAGGCGGCGGGCGGCGGCAGCGGCGACGCCAAGCCGGGGGGGAGCUCGUCCGACACGGCCAUGUGACAGUACGGCAUGGGCCGGCGCGGCAAGGGCGAUGCGCGCCGGACCAGGGUCAGCUUCCUCUUGUUUUAAGAACAACGUCUUAAAACAAACUCGUCGCCUCUGUCGGCUGGACAAGCAGUGGAGUGAUAGAUGCUUUCCUAUAUUACCUUUAUAUUAUUUUGAUUUUAUGUUUAAUUUAUAUAUUAUAAAAAGUAAUCAAACGAAUUUUACUGAAUUUCAAAGACGUUUGAAAUACUUUAAUAAGCAAAGCCGCGAUUAAAUGUAAAAUAUUUACUAUAUAUGAAAAUCUACGCAGUAAUUAAACGAAGAUAAAAUUAAUUUUGCGAUUAUCGAUUGUUAAAAUAAUCUUUAUUAUUUACAAAUCUAUGCAAACAAAGACAUGUAUCUGCCACUUCCAGUGUUUGUCCUCGGCGCCACGUAUAUCGAGUUAACAACUAUUGUUUCACAAAAUAAGUAAUAAUAUAUAAGCUGAAAAUAUAUUGAAAUCCAUGUCUCUACGUUGAUAUGGAAAACAAAACACCCCGUGUGUUAUUUUUGAUGUAUUUCUUUUCGAGUGGCGCCGAAACCGACUUUAAGUUGUUAAUGUGUUAAAUGACCCGCAAAACUUGCGAUUAUUUAAUGUAUUACAACUAUUUUAAAUUUAAGAUGAACAGUACGAUAUAGUAAUAGGUUUAGUAGACCACCUGCGACACACAAAAAGCGAAAUAUUAAUUGUAAGAUUAUAUAUGUAACAAUGAACGCAAUCGUGCGAACACGACGCAUUUGGCUGUGGGUCUAACGUAAUAUAUUGCCAUGUAAUAGUUUAAUAAGAAAAUAAUUUGUUACACGAAUCAUAAUUUUUCACUAUUUUAGAUAAUUAAGAAUAAAUACAAUCGCUAAUAAUUUACAAUUGAUACACACGUUCUAUUUAUGCUCGUUAUAACAUAUUGUAAUAAUAUAAUAAUAAUGUAAAGAAAGAGUGAAAUCGUACAAUAAUAAAUACGAAAAGUUGUUAACACAUUAAUAAUGUUACACCAUUUACAUGAAAUACGUAAACAUCACACAGUGGAGCCUAUUUUUAUGUUAUCCCUUUUCUAGCUUAUAAAUUAUUUCCAAUGUUAAAAUGUACAUAUAUAUAUAUAUACAUAUUAUGUACAUAUGUUAUAUCCAGUUUAUGAUAAUUUAUCUAUAAGAUCUAUUACGCACUCUGCACUUUCCGUGUUCCUGUCGCACUUUAUUUUUGCUAAAACAUGCACGUGGCUUCCUUGUUUCUGUUUGGCAUUUAUGUGUUUAGAUAUACGAUACAUGUGACGUCAAUAACUUUAUACUUUCAUACACAUUAUAUACAUUAUACCUGCGCAUUUGAUGUUAUUGCAUACUAAUCAAUGUUGUAACGAUUUGUACAUAUAUUUUAGACAAAAUAUCAAAAUGCUCGAAUUGCCAGUGACGCGAUGGUCAGUCAUUGCAUGAUUGUGAAAAAAAAAAUGUGUAGAUGUGUGUUGCAUGUGUGUACGUUAUAAUCGUAUUUGAUGUCGUACUUCAUCUAUCCGACGGGAGGAUGUUUAGUAUUAAGAUGGGGGAAUUUGACUCUGGUGGCUGACUGUGCUCCCAAUUUGCCCAUGAAACGCUCAGUGUUAUAUAGACCCGAUGGAAUCAAAGCACAAACGAUGACACUAAACGGAAAAUAUUGCGAAAUGUCGAAUGUCAAAUGGAAUUAUUAUUCAAUAUGGACGCAAUGCGAGUAAUAUGCCUUCAUGAGGUAGAAUUUAACAACGUUUCAACAUAAGACGCUUUGACCCAAAAAGAAAAAGGAAGAGUGACUGAUUUUUGAAGCGAAACUUUUUGAGCGCGUUGGAAGUCAAAUUUCAAGGUCAAAUUGGAGUACAGCGUUUCUAUGUGUAACGUUUCAGACCUAAAAAUAUUUCACUUCCGUUACAUGUCUCUAUAAAACUAUUGAGUUUGCAAACACUUCAAUUCUUAAUCUCUGUUUUAAUAUAAGUUCUUCUCUAUCUAAAUUAUAAAAGUGAAUCUAAAUGGAUUUGACAUUAGACAUUUGCAAAAAAGAAUGAAGGUAUGUGACAUGUGUAUAUGGAAACGACAUUGCACUCAUAUUUGCAUGCUACUGUGUGUCUGCGGCUGCAACGCUCUGCUACGAAAACAUCGCUAGGCAUGACAGCCAUUUAUAACAGCAAUAUAAAGCAAAUGAUAAGUCGUCACGGCAAUAAAAAAACAUAUCAAACGUUGUAGAUAAUAUCAUUUCUGUUUGUCAGAAAUGACGAAUCGUUAUUUAGUAUUUAAGAAUAAAUUACUCGAAAAUAAAUAUAAAUAUUAUACAAAUACCGACGAACGUGCCUAUUAUAAUGAAUUGCACCAGUUUAAGUACAUAAUUUAGCUAUACAAAAAACGGGAUUAUAUUUUUAGACAUUCAUGAUUAUUUUUUAAAUAAUAAGAACAAUGUCAAAUGUCAAUAUAUAUAGAGUAAUAGAGAGUUUAGGGUUAUUUUAAUGUAAUCGAUUCGAUUAUCGAUUCUAUAAUUAAUAAUGUUACAUACUGCGUUAUAACGUUUCUUUUAUUAUAUUAAAUUGAUUAAUCAAUCAACAAAGUAUCUACAAGUAAAAAGUAUCUACGUUAGCCCCUAUAUCUUAAUCGGAUAAUGAGUUAGAGUAAAUCGCUAGCAUCAGUUCACGUUUAAUUAGAUUUUGCUAUUAUUGACGUGUAUAUAUGUAUUUGUAGUUUGUGCUCGAUAUCCGCUGUCUAUGGUCUAUAUAACACUUUCUGUUUCCAUAAAUUUUAUUAGCUUAAAUAACUUUGUAGUCACUAUUAUGGUCUAAAUGUCAUUGUUAUAUAAUGUUAAUAACGAUCUAAUUUUAUAUUAUUAAUAAGAUAAUCUAAUUUUUAUUAUUGUGUUAUUAAUAAUAAUUCGGUUUCGAUUUGAUAUAAAAUAUAAAUAUAUAAGGCUUACCGUAGUUACAAUUUAAUAAUAUUUCGAUUUUUUAAAAGAGCUUGAUAAAGCUUUAUAUAAGAGUUGUGAAUCGAACUAGUGGCCACGUAACGUUAGACUCGAAAUAAUAAAUAUAUAUACAUAAUAAACCGCUCACGGACAUAAAUACGUAUUUAUUAUAAAAUUAUGUAUAUUUCAUUUUCACCAGCGGCUUUCAAAACGAUUUUUUUUUUUUAUAAUUAUUAUUAACAAUUAACAAAGUUGAAAUGUUUAAUUAUGUGAUUCUAUUAUAAUUUUAUUGAUUAUGU